AUGGACAAAGUUGAUGGAAGAUUUGUUGCUCAAUAUCUGAGACAAUGUCCUGGGGCUAGUGAUGAUGAAAUAAUACAACAGUACAAUGAGCCCAAGCAAGAUGGCAGCUACAACAAGGGAAUUGCAAAGCUGCUGGUCAAAAUUCUCCAAUCAUGGCCUGAACCUUGCACAUUUGCAUCAGGGGAUGUCCCAGAAGAGUAUAUUGCAAUUGCAAUAUCUUCAGGAUUAACUCAGGAAGUCAUUCUUUCCCCUGAGAUGGCUGCAAAUGAGCAUCUAGAAGAUGAAGAUGUUGAGAAAAUAGUAGAUGAGGAUAAAGGUGACUAUGGAGCAUAUUUCCAGAACUUCAUCUCAAUGAUGCUGUUUCUGUGGACAUCAAAACAUAUGAUAU